CAUAUCAUACACGGGUUUUCAAAUGCCAUAUCAUGGAUAAGUCUACUCUCGAAACCUAUGAAUUUGUACCAGUAAAUGCUGAAUCUGCUGGUUCCAACCAGUUCUUCGUUGUCCAAGAUGAUGGCACAUACCUAAUCAACAGGCAAGUACAGUAUGUGACAGAAGUGCAGGAUGUAAAAACAGUGUUAGAUGGAGUGCAAUCUUGCACAGUAUAUGAUGUUUCUGAACAACCAUUUUAUGUUGAUGUAGACAAUUCUUCAGAGCUUAUGUCUGUUUCUGAUCAGUUCGUGUUACCAGAUGCAUCCAGCAAUUUAUAUGCAAACAGUUACCUUCUUCAAGCUGGUACAAGUUCAAAUCAGAUAGAAGACGUAACAGAAUCACAGUUCAAACCAAAUCCAUCAAUAGGCCUUGAUUUAGGAGUCAAUACUAAGCCUGUCAACAACUGCACUGAGAUAACUUUGAAUGAUGAACAAUAUCGCAAGUUGGAGCAAAAGGGAUGGCUUCUUAUAGAAUUGAAUGACAAAGUAUUUGUAUUAGACACAUUAGGAGGGCUACGAGACGUAACUUCAAACACUCAAUUAAUACAAAAAUUGAAAAGUGAAGAUCAAGCUGACUUUAAUUGGAAUAAAGAUUUACAAUGUAUCAAAAUAGAAAAUCAAUCGAGCCCUAUGGAAGUUGAACCAAACUCAUCGCCGCAGCCAAAUUUGAUGGAGUUUGCUGUAGCCACUACACAUAAUGCAAACAUUGGACAGUUACCAUUGGUUAUUAAUGAUCCCAGUAGAGGGAAUUUACGUCAGGAAACACUAGUAAAUAGAAGAAUAGACACAGUAAACAACCUAGAAUGCACUAUACAAAGUGCGAAUGAAACUACGAAUAGUCUGCCACAAAGCGCAGAUCCUUGCAGAGAUGUCAAUGUAUUUUUUGUAAAAAGUGAAAAGAGCGACGAAAAUACAGCAAAAGAGAAAAGCAUUAUUAGAAUAAAAACUAAAUUAUCACUUAAAGACAUUCCAGACAAAAUAGUAUUAGGUAAAACCCCCAAAGGGAAAACUUUGGUUGCGAGAGUGAAAAGGACUAAAGCCCCUAGUGAAGAAAGCACGAUAGAAACUUACCUUGAUCCAGAACAGAACGGGCAGCCAAUAGAUACUUCGUUUGAUCCAGAAGAGAUGCAAUUCUCAGAUCUCAUAAAACAGGCUAUAAGAUGCACGGAGAAACAAAUCACGGCCAAAGACUUGCAAACAAUAGAAAUGAUCAUAGAGCAGCUAACGCAAGGAGUCGCUCCGUUUGACGCGUCUAUUCAAGUCAAUGAUUGCUUGUUUAUUACUAAGAUAAUAAAAAAAACAGAUAACCAAGGAAAUGUAAUUUUCAAAUCGAGGCCGAUGAUUUGGACGGGAUGCGUGCAAGCGGAGAACAAUCAAUUUAAAUUCAUACAUUAUCCCAACAUCUUACAAACUCUUCUAUUUUCUGAGGACCACUCCAUGAUUUCCAGUACAGUGGUGCACAUCCAGAUAUUGGAAGAGAUCCGCCGAGGUACAAACGUUGUUAAGACGUCGGUCACUGUUCACAAAAAACAAUUAACACCAGGUAGACCCAAGAAAAUGGACAUGGUAUAUGCUUGCAGCGCUUGUGCAACUGUCUUUGAUUCUGAGGAAGAGCUGCUGUUACAUCGCGAGAGAUGCUUGGAAUCUGUGGAUACCAACGAGUUUUUGAAAAUAGAUAAGACGAAAUCAAUACGAUGUAUUAUGUCUGGUAAAGAAAAACAUUAUGAGUGCAUGCAAUGUAAUCAUAAGUUCAACAGAUUGAGUACCUGCAAAAAGCAUAUGAGGACACACUACCACUUAUCAAUGAAACCAUCAAUAAAUAAUGUUGAAGUCAAGAACGAUACAGAAAAUACGCCAACUAGUAAAGUAUAUAAAUGCAAUAUGUGCCCUAGUGUAUAUCUCCAUUCCUCAACACUGUCCAAACAUAUUUUAUCAAGUCAUAUUAAAAUGGCAACACAGAAUGGCAACUAAUUAAAACAAGUGGCAAAUA